CAUGCGAAUGCAUAAGUGUGUGAGUGUGUGUGUGUGUGUGUGUGUGUAACACAGCACAGUAGCCAAUCAGCUCUCGCGGGGGCGGGGCAGCAGAGUAUAAGUUCCUCAGGUGAGCAGCUGCAGGUGUACAGAGCAGGACAGGUGCACACACACACUGAGGACAAGAGGACGCCGCCGCAGACGAGUGUUUACACGCAUGUAGAGACAGAAAGGAAAGAGAGACAGAGUUUCCAACAUGGCGUCCUUCGUCCCGGAGCAGAGUCUGUCCCCCCCCCUGUGUGGACGCUCUCUCCCCCAGCAGGAGCUUCCGUCUCUGGGCGUCGACCCGUGUGAGUCCAGCCUGUACAGCCCUCCCGCUCCUCCUGAGCCCAGCCCGUCUGCGUCUCCGUGGCUCCCGCCGUCCGACGCCCGCAGCGCCCCCCUCCUCUGCUUCGGCGUCCCGGACCUGGGCCCCGUGUCUGCGGCGGCAGGAGGCCCCCCAGCCUUCGGAGGCUUCUUCCCCCAUCUCUACAGCCUCCAGAGGCCCCUGCUCCCCGGCAGCCCCUGGUUCUCCCUGUCCGCCCCGGACGACGUGCUGCGCUCGGUCCGCCCGCCGUACUCCUACUCCGCCCUCAUCGCCAUGGCGAUACAGAGCGCGCCCGAGCAGCGGCUGACGCUCAGCCAGAUCUACCAGUACGUCUCCGACAACUUCCCCUUCUACGGCCGCAACAAGGCCGGCUGGCAGAACUCCAUCCGCCACAACCUGUCGCUCAACGACUGUUUCCGGAAGGUUCCGCGUGACGAGAGCGACCCAGGUAAAGGGAACUACUGGACUCUGGACCCAAACUGUGAGAAGAUGUUCGACAACGGAAACUUUCGCCGCAAGAGAAAGAGGAAGAGUGAGAAUACGACCACUGGAAAGAAAGCUUCCUCCUCUUCCUCUGACUCCUCCUCCUCGUCAGAGCCCAGCCCUAAAAUUCCCAGCAUACACUGCAGCGGCGGAGACAGCGCUGCUUUCUCAGAUGCUCCCCCCGGCCUCAGCGGCUUCCUGCGUCACCUUCAGGAGUCCCUCCUCCUUCCUCCUCCUCCUCACGCUGACUCCCCCUCGCUGUACAUGCAGGUACCGGACCACAGCUCCCCCCCCCCUCCUGCUCCGGGAUACGUCUCCUCUUACUCGCCCGGCGCCGUGGUGCCUCACUGGGACGCCUGCAGCUCCUCUCCUCCCCUCGACUCCUCCCUCCAUCACUCCUCCCCUCCUCCUCCUCCUCUCUUCCCCUCCUCUCAGUUGACUCCCCCACACUUCACCUCCCUCGCCGCCCCCCAGGCCGGUUCGCCGCCGCUCUACGUCGACCUGCAGACGGCGUCCUGUCUUCUGCCGGAGCUCCAGGAGGCCCAGCAGCUGCAGCAGCUUCAGGCCCAGUGUGAGCCUCUCUUCUAUGGGGGCUUCGCUGACGCUCUGCCCCUCGACUCUCUGGUUCUCCAGCAGUGACGUCAUGUUUACACUGAGAACUGAUGCUGAAUCCUAACGUUUGUAAAGCCUCUCCAGGUGGAUGUUGGGUUGAAUUCAAACCAGCCCGAGCGCACUGAGCUCGCUGUAAAGAGCGCGUGAAUGUUUGUAUUUAUCUUUUUUAUAUUUUCUUAAAGUUAAAAAAAGGGGGUGAAUGUUUUUUAAAGUGUAAAUAUGAGUUGCGUGUUUGUGUUUGUAAUAAAAAAAAACCCAAAACAAAGUGACUGAAUCAAUCGUUUCCUCCAUUUUCACACAUGAACUCAUCAAAUGUCCCGAACAAACUGAGUUCAGUUCAUUUACUUGAAAAAGUAACAAAACGUAAAAAACCCAAAUGGGAUUAAAAAGAAAUCUCGCUAAAAACAACUCAACUUAAACCAAAAUUAACUAAAUUAGAUUUCAUCAAAGAAACAAAAACAACUACAAAAUAAUUAUAAAACAUACUUUCAGAAAAUAAAGAAGAAAAUUUAAAAU